AUGAAAGUACAACAGAUGCUAACUAUUUGUUUGUAUUCAUUGUUUUUAUCUUUGGUUUUUUAUUAUUUCCAACACUUUUUUGCCUUGCGAUUUGGAUCUUACUCUGCCGUGUUGCGUGCGUGUCUUCGUGGUGUUGGAUUAUUGUCUUUUCUCGUAAGAUUUCAAUUGAACUCUGACUGUUGUCAUCGAUCAGGCGGGAGCCACUACCUGCUGCUGGAUGAGAUUUCUCAUCACCUGCACCAGCAUGGGCACGACGUCCGCAUGCUUUUGCAAUUGGGAAACCCCAUAAUCACAGGUUUGUCCUACACGGGUCGACACGACAGUUACCGGACCAGCACCUGGACGUUGGGAGACGAGUACAUCCAGCAGUUCAACGGCUGGUUCCUGGAGCAGCAAACACAGUUCCUCCUCGGGAGGGAUGACUUCAGUAACUUCCUGAACUUCAUGGGACAUCUGUCGUACCAGUGUGACAAACUGUUGGAGGAUGACAAGAUAGUGACAUUUCUACAAGAGGAACACUAUGACAUGGCCAUCGUGGAUGCGUUUAAUCCCUGCUCCUUUAUUGUGGCGCAUAAACUUGGAGUCCCCUAUGUAGCUUUCUAUCCAGGCAUGCUGAACGGCCCUCUGUCCAUGAUGCUUCCCAGCUUGGUCUCCUUCGUCCCGGUCUGCAGCUCCCAGCUGGCUGACUGCAUGAACCUGUGGGCUCGAGCUAAAAACCUCCUGUUCCUGCUCAUGGCUCCAGUCUGUCAACAUCUUGUCUGGUCAAGGUUCAGCGCAGUCGCAGAGCGCCACUUGGGCUCAGGCUCGCCCCCUGGUGGCCUGCAUGAGUUCCACCAAAAGGCUGAGCUUUGGGUCUUCAACACCGACUUCUCCCUGGACUUCCCUCAGCCACUGAUGCCCUUCACUGUUCUCGUCGGCGGCCUGCUGAAUAAACCCCCAGCCCCCCUGAAGCAGGAUCUGGAGACGUGGAUCCGUGGUUUUGGAGACGCUGGUUUUAUAGUGGUGACUCUGGGGUCGAUGGUGUCUGCUGUGUCAGUGGAUCGCCUGGUGGAGGAGCUGGUGACGGGCUUCUCCGUGAUUCCUCAGGGAGUCAUCUGGAGGUACGACCCAAAGCGAUGGAAUCCUCAUGUGAGCCUACCUCCUAACGUCAGGCUGGAGGAGUGGCUGCCUCUGAACGACUUGCUAGGACACGAAAGCGUUCGCCUCUUCAUCACCCACGGAGGACAGAACAGCCUCCUCCAAGCGGUGUAUCACGGCGUUCCAGUGCUGGGGAUCCCUCUCUUUGGCGACCAGUUUGAUAAUUUAGUGAGAGCCGAAGCUAAAGGACUGGGCCUAACCAUCCACCCCACCCAGAUCACCAGUGGGCUCCUCAGCUCCACCAUCCAAACGCUCACAGAUGACAUGAGAUUCAAGGCAUCAGCGUUGCUACUGAGCCGCAUCCAUAAAUCUCACCCGGUCCCUCCUGCUCUCCGUCUGGUCCAGUGGGUAGAACACGUCCUGCAAAGUGGGGGCGCAGGGCACCUGAGGCCGUCGUUUCUGAGCCAGCCGUGGUACCAGAGAUACAUGUUGGACCUCGCCCUCCUUCUCUCAUUGAUCCUGCUGGCCCCUCUGGUUCUGUGCCUGGUGUUGUGCAGACACAGAGGUAAAAGAGCAAAGGAGAAGAAGGUGCAGUAGCAGUGAAGCACUGCCGAACAUAUCCUGCAGUGGUUUCAGCACAAGAGUCAUGAGAGUAAACUUCUUCCAACUGUCUUCACUGGUCGCCAUUACUUUCCUCCUCUGCCUCAUGCGUUCAUCAGGUUUGUGCCUCAGACUUUUAUUUCAGUAUUUCAGGAACAAGAUGCAAAACCACAAAAUGUUUCAUCUCCUGUACAGAGUCAUUAGAACACCCAUUAUGUUUUUUUCAAUGAAUAAAGAGUGUCAAGUUAAAUCCCAUCAUGGAGCGUGAACCUGUGUUUCAGACUGUCCAUCUCCACACAUGCCACGGGGCGUUCAGGAGCAGCUCCCUGCUAACUAGGAAGCCAAAUUAUCUGUCCUGCCCUUCUCCCCUCUCAGUGUGCGCAGACAUUUUCUUUGUCCUGCAGAGACACGCUGUCUAACACCUUGGUGCCACUUUGACCUGCACGUGCUGCAGGUCCAUGGUUCUCAACUCUGCCUGGGCCCCAGAUUGUUUUUGUCCCGGUCAGGCUUCAAAGUGCUCUUACAUCUGUGUCCACUUCGCCACCUGUGAUUCCCCCCGCCAGCCCGCACACCCUCCUCUGUCGGCCGCCGCUGAACCCACUCCCCCAUCACGGCCAGAGAAGUGCCCAGCAAUGUUCACGGUCAACGCUCAAUCCUCUUCCGAGGGCAAACCAGGCUCUGCGGGACCCCCCCCCACUCUCUAGUGGCAGCCCCUUACAUCUGUGUUGGGGGUUUAGCAGCGAGGAAAAUAUAGAUUAGCAGGGAAAUAAUGACCAAUUAGAGGUGGCUUGUUCUUUGUGCAUUCAGCUGUCUGUUCCUUCUGUUUGUCUGGUGGUCGCAGGUGCCAAUCGGAGUUCCUCCCACUCGCACGCAAUCUAAAGUGGGAAGUGCUAACCAGGCGUGAGAUGACUGGGGAAACACGCAGUUGUCACGAAAUGUUUGUUGUUGUCAACAUCUUUUCAAGUUCACUUUCAGCACGGAGUCAUGACGUGGUCUGAAAGAUGAACGGGGCUGCACAUCAAGCUGCGCUUCUUUUUGAUGUCUUUGAAAAGUCAAAAGUUCAUAGAAUGUUAUGUUUCACACAGUGACUUACACAGAGUUAAGAUGUAGUCUUAACAUGCUGGUGCCUCGUGCCCAUCCCACCUUCAGCCAUUGUGAAGUCACUCACAUGUUCUUGGAGUUAUGGAGUAGCUCAGCUCAUUUAAUUUCUUUUUAUAUUUUUUAUUUUAUUUUUGAUCUUGUUUAAUCUUCUCAUUUCUAUAUGCAUUCAAGAAGUCUGGACAUGUUGAAAACAUAUUCUCCCUCUUAUAUUAAUGCGUCAGCAUAUUGUGGUGUAUAUGAUAUUGUCUCAAGUGUCAACAUCAGGACUUAUAUUUUGAAAAAGUGGGGCGGUGCUGUGUGCUCAGGUACUUCGCAGGUGGCUCAUUGUGUUAAGUCUCUCCUCCAUGCAACAAUAUCUGGUUGCAGGAUGGAGCCGAGCCUCUAGGUGGCAGCUCGAGGCUGCAUAAACAACCCGUUCAUGCGUUGUGAAUGUGGGACUACAGCUCCAUCUAGUGGACUCGUGCUGUAACUUGCGUUCAUGUUGGUAUUAAAAUGGAAGUGGU